ACAAGGGAUAGGACAUUUAUGUGUUAAAUAUCAUAACCAUGGCUUUGGGAAAUCCACAAAUUGUGAAGCUAGAAAUAUGCAAAGCAUGGGAGAAGACAGGAAAAAAUGAAGUAAUUGCUUUGUGCAAAAAGUCAAUGGACAAGCCAACUAAACGAACAUUGAAGAAUGAUAUACCAGAUAUUCGACGAGUUCUAUACGAAUGUAUUCAUCACGUUAUAGCUGGGAAGUUGAAACAUGAUCAUCUCAUUUCUGUGAUAUCGGAAUUAAAGCCUACCCACAAUGCAAUCUGCUCAACCGUAGUUGACGUCCUUUCGAUGAUUGACAUUGAACUUGUGGCGCUUGACGAGAAAAAGCUCAGGGAAAAAUUUCUUUCGCUUGUUGCUACUUUAAAGGACGAAGUUGGUAUUGCUUUACUAAAAGAAAGAUUAGAUGUGGAAACUUUGGAGUCACUCAAGCUGAUCAACAGUACCAAGCUAUUCCAACAAAAAUAUAUCAAAACAAAAACGCGUUUAUUCUAUAAACAACAAAAGUUUAAUCUUCUGCGAGAGGAAAUGGAAGGAUAUUCCAAAUUAUCUGUCGAACUCGGAGAUUUGAGUGGACAACGUGUUUCUCCGGCUGACUUGCUGCAAAACAUCAAAAGUCUUAUUGGUUGCUUCAAUAUUGACCCUAAUCGUGUUCUUGACCUAAUACUUGAGUCGUUUGAAUGUUACCCUGAGUUUGCACGUCAGAUGUUCAUUCCACUUGUGAACAAUUAUCUCAUACUGUGUGAAAACUCAACUCUAUGCCAUUUACUUGGCUUCAAAUUUGCUCACUAUCAGACAAGUGGUAGCCAGACACCUGAGUCUUUAUACAACGUUGCAGCUCUUCUAAUACAACAUAAUCUUGUGUGUCUUGAUGAUCUGCUACCUCAUUUGCUCCCAAGUGAUGCAAUGAUCACAGAAGAAUGGACGAAGUACGUUGAAACAUCAACUGAAGAAGCGAGGAGGACAACUGUGAUGCUCCUUAAUCCUGCUGAGAAACCAGAUGAAAAAGAUACAAAGCAUAAAAAAGUGAAACAAAACAACCAGAAAUUUGGCUUGUGCGAAGCUUUAUUAAAGAUUGGUGACUGGAGCCAUGCUGAAGAACUAAUGGAUCGAUUUGAUCAUGUACAGAUGGUGGCUCAACCACCUAUUGCAAAAGCUCUAUGUCAUCUAGCUUCUUAUAUAAUAGACCCUUUGUAUAUUAAUGUUGCCGAGAUAAAGGGUAACAAAUGUACCCCAACCUCCUUUGAACCCCACCAUUCACCCCCCUCCCCAGUAUCUGACUUCACCCACCUAACCCAUGGGGUGUUUUCUCUUCUGUAUCGUCUUGGCCCCAAAGCUGCUACAGACCCCAUCUUACUAGUCAAGCUGGCAAGAAUUGGCAAAGCAUUCUUUACUCAGUACUAUGCAGCGAAUCCAACAGACCAACACAAAGCAACAACAAUAUAUGGAGGGUUUCUUGGAUUGAUCAGCAAUGUCCUCCUUCCAUCUCUAUCUCUCCUCCUCAGCAACUCCGCAGCAUCCGAAGAGAUUUGGAUGAUGAUUAAACUUCUUCCUUAUCAAACUAGGUACAGGUUAUAUGGUGAAUGGAAAAAUGAAGCUUAUGAAAAACACCCGGAACUUUUGCUCGCCAAAGCUCAAAUUAUCGACAAAACAAAAUAUAUUAUGAGACGCUUAACGAAAGAGAAUGUAAAACAGACAGGCCGACAAAUGGGAAAAUUAAGUCACAGUAGCCCAACCAUUCUGUUUGACUGUAUUUUGUCCCAGAUUCAGCGCUACGACAAUCUUAUCAUGCCUGUAGUCGAUGCACUUAAAUACCUGACCAAUCUCACAUAUGAUGUAUUAGCAUUCUGCAUUAUUGAAGCGCUGGCCAACCCACAGAAAGAGAGAAUGAAGCACGAUGAUACUAAUAUAUCUAACUGGCUACAAAGUCUUGCUUCAUUCUGUGGAGCCAUCUUUAAGAAAUAUACAAUCGAACUUUCUGGACUUCUGCAAUAUGUGGCUAACCAACUCAAAGCAGGGAAAAGCCUUGAUCUUCUUAUUAUGAAAGAAGUUGUUCAGAAGAUGUCUGGUAUUGAAAUAUCUGAGGAAAUAACCACAGACCAAUUAGAGGCAUUGGCUGGUGGAGAAAUACUCAAAGCUGAGGGCGGUUACUUCGGGCAAAUCCGGAACACGAAAAAAUCUUCCAACAGAUUGAAAGAAGCUCUUCUGGAGCAAAACCUUGCUCUUCCUCUGUGUCUUCUGAUGGCUCAACAGAGGCAAGGGAUUGUUUUCCAUGAAGGAGAGGACAUUCAUCUUAAACUUGUAGGAAAGUUAACAGACCAGUGCCAUGACACUUUGGUCCAGUUUGGAAACUUUCUUUCUAUUCAACUUGGUUCGGAAGAAUAUUUGAAAAGAUUUCCUGCAAUUGACGUUCUGUCCUCUCAUUUCCACACCCCCGCUGAUGUAGCUUUUUUCCUUUCAAGGCCAAUGUAUUAUCACCAGAUUAAUACCAAGUAUGAUGAGUUACGCAAGCAAGAGAAAUCCAAGCAGAAAGGAGUUUCUGACAAAGCCCAGCGUUAUAUAUCGGCAUCUAAUGCUGUUGUAACGCCCAUCUCAUCACUUGUACAUUCGAUGCACUCAGAUAAAAUAUGGCUUGAUAUAUCUCCACGAUUCUACACAACGUUCUGGUCGUUAACAUUAUAUGAUAUAGAGGUCCCAUCAUCAGCAUACGACCGAGAGAUUAUGAAACUAAAGCAAACGAUACAAGGCAUUGAACAAGAAGGGUCGAGCGACUCUAGAAAGAGGCGAGAGAAAGAAAGAUGCGAGAAUCUAAUCUCGAAGCUUAAAGAGGAGCAGAAGAAGCAGGAAGAUCAUCAUGGAAGAGUCAGGGAGAGGUUCAGAUGCGAGAAGGAACAAUGGUUUCUUGCAAAAACCACAAAGAACGACACAAUCACUAAAUUCCUCCAACUCUGCAUCUUCCCAAGAAGUAUCUUUUCACCUCUGGAUGCUGUGUACUGCGCAAAGUUUGUGCAUAUGCUGCAUGAACAUAAGACGCCCAACUUCUCUACCUUACUAUGCUUUGACCGGGUAUUCUCUGACAUCUCAUACACUGUUGCAAGCCUCACAGAGAAUGAAGCAUCCAGAUAUGGAAGGUUCCUAUGCACAAUGCUCGGUAUUGUGAAAAAAUGGCAUGCCAGUAAAGGAAAUUAUGAAAAGGAAUGUGGGGAUUUUCCCGGUUUCGUUACCGUAUUACGAGCCACAGCAGCUGAAGGAACAAGCAAAGCAAACCAACUCGAUUAUGAAAACUUUCGCCAUGUUUGCCACAAGUGGCAGUACAAACUAACAAAAGCACUUGUAGUAUGCUUGGAGUCAAAGGAAUAUACACAGAUCCGUAACGCACUUAUUAUUCUUACCAAGAUUCUUCCCCAUUUCCCAGCAGUUAACAGCUUAGCUGGGGCAUUGGAGAAACGGAUAGAUAAAAUAAGAACGGAAGAAAAAGAAAAACGGCCGGACUUAUUUGCCCUAGCUAUGGGUUACUCUGGCAUGUUAAAGAUGAGAAAACCUUCAUUAAUUCCUGAACACCAAUUCCAUAAGAAACCUCAACCUGUAGCUAGCAAGACAACAGAUAAAAGCAAAGAGAGAGGGAAGAGCAAAGAGAAGCCCUCUAAAAGGAAAACAGAGGAAAAGAAGGAAAAAAUGGCAGAGGCAAAAAGUGAUUCAAACAGAGGCAAGAGCAAAGAUAAGGUUAUAGCAGCAGGUGAAUCGAAAUCCCGUGGUAGUUCAAAAGAGAGGAGCUCCCUGGAUUCAUCAUCACGACAUCAAAGUCUCACGAAAAUGAACGAAAAACGCAGCAGUUCCACUCCGAAGUCUGUUCCUGAACGAGAUACAAAACGUAGGAAACUGGACGCCAACCAUGCAAAGGAGCAAAGGAUUGAAAGCAAAGAAAAACCUGACAAGGCGAAAACAGUGGAGAGAGAGGAAGGUGAGGUGAAUGGUGUCAAUGAUGAUCCGGAGCCGAAAAGAUCCCGAAAGAGCAAAGAUCGGAAGCGGGAGCUAGUGACGAGUCCUUCAGCUGGAGAUCACGUUAAAAGACAUAAAACUGAAAGUGUGGACAGGAGAAGCAAGGAAAAAGAAAAAGUCCGAAAACAUGAAAGCUCCAAAAUAAAAAGGGAAUCUGUUGGAGAUGGAAAAAAGGAAAGAUCAAGUAAAGAGGUUGGCAGCAGAAAGAAGUGACAAAAGUCUGAAACCUUGAAAUUUCAUCUUGUAUUCGAAACUUUCUUUGUAAAUAUUAUCACACUUGUAACGAUUUAUGAAACUUUUGAAAACUGGAAAACUUUACAAACUUCAUUUUAAAUCAACCACUACUGCCAGGCACUUAGCUGAAUUAAAAUAAAUUCUGCUUUCAAUUUUA